UUUUUUUUUUCGUCCCGAAUAACAACCUUCGAUCUGACUUGGGCGCGCUGUUCUUAAAAUCAAGAACAAAGUUUUUUCAUUUCGUUAAGAAACACCGCGUAUUAUUCGUAAACAUCAAAUUUCGACAAUCUCUAUAGUAUGUCUCGUUUAUGACUAUGACCGAAGAAAACUUGUAGAUACGAAAAUAUCGCUUCGUGAUAUUGUCCCAUAGUUAUCGAUAUUCUUUUUUGCGGAGGCACGUUGGUAGCAUUAACCCCGAGUAUCUUGAUAGACGAUAACGGAAGAAAGAGCGAAACGAUGCGAGAAACGAAACGAGAGAAAAUUUUUCGCUCGCGACACCAGCCAGUCCGAUUAAAUAUCGUAAAUCGAUUAGUUUAGAGAUGACGCACCGGUCAUCGUAGAUCAUUCAGAAUUCUCGAAGGAAACACAUUAGCUGAUUUCCCAUUUAUUUCGAGGAAAAUAAUUCGGUCUAAACGGCGUCGAAAGUGGCCAGCGAACGAAGCAACGCGAGAAGACGCGUUUUAUUGGACCAGCACGGUUGACAGCAAGAGUGACUGCGCUCGUAAAAGCCUCGUAUAAAUAAAAUCGCCGGGAAUAUAAUUGUUGCUGAGAGCCGGCAGCGUUCCUUUCACGCUAAAGUGUACAGGGUAUCGCGUAACCGAUGGCACAAGUUGAAAGUCGUCGCGAAAAGAAAUCAAACUUUUAACGCAUCUUCGCGUUACACUUUCGAUCAAUUCUCUGCUCUAUUCUGUUCGAUUCUUCUCUUCACGGUCGUUUCAGCGUUAAUCACGUAUACUGUCAUUUUACAAUAGUAUUCUGAUAGUUUCUAGCCACGAGACUCUAGUUGUUAUCUAUUCUGCACUUCAUCUUGAUCGGAUCGAAGGAAAAAAAGAAUGAAAUCGUAGGCUGAGAUGUUUACCUUCGUAGAAAAAAAUGUCGAAAACGGACGAUGUCACCCUUGUUUGCUAACCGCUGCAGCCAGCUUUCUUAACAUUUUUUUCUUUUCGCCAGACCGCUCACCUCUUCCCGUUCGAUCGGUGUUUACUCAGAGACGUGCUUUGACAAUGAACUUUAUAUUCCCUUAACAGACAAAUGUCGAAAGUCCUUUAUAAAUCUAAAUGCCAGAGUUUUUUGUGCAUAUGAAAAUAUUGAAGAACAGAUUUUCGUGCAGGUACGAUAUAACCUUAGCGACAAUUUUAUCGGUCGCAGUUUAUACGACGUAACAAUAUCUGGUCGAAAAAGUAAAAUCGAAUAAUAGACUACUAAAAAAUGAAAAAGCAUCUCGACGAAAGUGGAAAGAAGUUCGGUAAAAAAGCAAAAGAAUCAGGAGCUUCGUGUUCAGACGAAAUCGUUACUCGACACCCUUGUGUAACGAGAGCCAGCCGCGACUAUGAAGAAGACCAAUGUUUCAGGGUAUGAAAGAGUGGUUCAACGUGUCCAUGAAAAUUGAAACCACUACACUGUGACGCCGGCGCUACUCAAAAUGGAUACCUAUUUACAUAUUAUACACGUUAUUCUUCGCUCUCGAUACUCGAUGUCCAGUUCCUUGUAAUAUAUCAAGAGAUCGCUCAAGUUUUUACGGUUAUUCGUUUCGAUAUUCCUGACUGAUCGUUAUAUACAAUAAGUUUCCACGAAAGCUACUGUUAUUCUUGAAAUAAGAACAAAACAAUCAUCGCGAUUGUUGACUGCAACUUUCAAAGAAUCCACCUACAGUAUCUACAGUAUUCUUUGUAACCCUGAAGGGUUGUAUCCAAAACGCGAAACAGCGUUGAGUAUCGUUUAGAAACCAAUGAGCUUCUAAUGAAGGUGGAGCUUGCCAAGGAAAUCUCCACCUACUCUUAAAAUGCUCUAUUUCUCUCUUCUCGUGCGUGUGUGUGUCUCUCCCUGCGUAAAAGGCAGAACGAGACGAAGAAAGAGGAACGGAAAGGGAGUGUGACACGGGGUAGGAGAGGGAAGAACGAAGAGGAGAGACAAAUGAAGAGGCUGAGGAGGAUCUUCAAGUACGUUUUAACUCGGCCAAGUCAGUUGGCAUCUCGCCGCACCUACUAAUACGAUGGCUUCGUUCGCACACGGCUAUUUGUAACGAUCUUCCGACCAAAUCGAUCGACCAGUUGUGAUUUACAUACGAUUUGGUUAAGUACGAACGACGCGUUUUCGCGGUUUCGAGGCUCGCGCGUAAUUUCCUUGUGCGUGAUCGUUGUACCUACAAUGUUUUUUUAAAUAGCGCAACGGCGACAUUUUUAGCGGAAAUUUUUCGCGGCGUUACAAAGAUUCUUUCAAAUUUUCGACCGGUCUAAAAAACAUUUUUGCGACUCACCCGCUCGUAAACACUGAACGAAACAACGGAAUACGAAUAAAAUAAAUUGUAUAACGUAUUCUUAAAUAUGGCUGAAAAUUAAUGUUUAGAAUUUGUAAAAUCGCUGAAAGAACGAUUGAUUUACGAAGCGAUAAAGGAACGCUUCGAUCAAAGACCAAAGAGGAGCAAACUUUUCAUUCGAAUCGUUAAUAUAGAAAAUCAAUUCGCUUUCGCGAGAGCGAACUUCUUCGUUCUAAUUUACAUGUUUGUAGAUCGAUAUUCGACGCAAAGGGGGAAAGGUACGCGCAGUCUAAACUAGCCCUCUUUCGCAAACACCUUCAAACACCGGAACGAAUCGUAAUUUAUCGUAACCAGCGUUAAAAUAUGUUUAACGUCGUGAAAUAAAUUUCACGGUACAGUGUCUUACGAAUGCCAACGAUUCUAACGUUAAUCGCUCAACGAACAGUUUGAGAACUGAUCAAUCGGUGAGUGGUACGGGAUUUAAAUAAGUAUAAAUAAAUAGUGUAAAACAGUGAGUCCAGUAAUAAUUUUGAAAAGCUGAUAAACCGUUUUUCGAGAAGUCGUAAACGUAUCGAGCCGUCAUUUCGACCGGCACGUGGCUCGAGCGGCCUUAAUUGCUCCGUCACGUUUCACCUCAGAAAUGCUACAACUCAAAUUUUCGAAAGCAAAUUACGCGUUGCAAGCUCUGCUCGUAUGCGUAUCUUCACCGCUAUUAAAUAAUUUUUAUGCCCCAGUAAUGUCCUAAAACGUACAUUUUUAGAGCUUAAUAUCCAGAAAAUGGUAUUUUUUGAGAAUUCCGCGAAUUCCACCGGUUAAACGCCUCGUUCGCGAGAUUAUAAUGUACUGAUCUCGAAGUUACCGAUCUCGAGAUACAAAUAAUUAAUAGUUCUGGUGUUGGAAAAGUUCGGAAGAAGUAGCUCGUCGUCGAAGCGAGGGAAAAUGUUGUGCACAAAUUCGGAACAGGAAGGAAACGGUGUGAUGAUUUCGCAGGUUGGGAAUCACCAUACACCGCAAGAUUUCACUGUUUCGCGCUUGCUAUCGACACCAACUAAUUCGCUAGACUGCAGCGAGAAUUCGACGACAGCCGCGAAUAGAAGGCCCAGAAGAAGCAGAACAACCUUUUCCGCCCAACAAUUAGCCGCUUUAGAGAGAGUGUUCGAGAGAACGCAUUAUCCUGACGCGUUCGUUCGGGAAGAACUCGCGACGCGUGUGUCUUUGUCCGAAGCCAGAGUGCAGGUAUGGUUCCAAAACAGACGCGCCAAGUUUCGUCGAAACGAAAGAAGUUCUGCCAUUAGUCGGGGAUUAUCUUCGAACAGAGAAAUAGAAACUACUUUACCUCUGCGACCUGUUCGAGUAACGCAUACCCAGGAAAAUAAUACGGAACCCUUGCAAACUUCUCAAGUCGCUCAGUAUCCCUACAGCGAAUACUGGAGAACAUCGCAACACUAUGCCUCCAUGCAAAGUACCAGCUGCCACGGAUUUAUCAAUGGCAAUUUAGCAAACGUGAAUAUACCUUCUUAUCAUCAGGCAGAUAUCCACGGUGGGCUCGAAGGAUCCGCGAUGAAUAGUUUAAAUGCUCUAAGAUUCAGAACACACCCAUAUGGAACGACCUACUCUGCCAUGCAUGCGAGCAUGUAAAUGCAUACUUUCGAUUCUAAAACAUAUUUGUAAUUAUAAUCAUCGAACGAUACCGAAGUAAAAGAACCUAGAAUAUGGUAAAGUAUACCGAAAGGACCAAUCGAUCGAAUUACGAUUAACAUGAAACUUACAAUUAAUAUCUAAGUACCAAAUACAGGGUAACGAAAAUAACUCGUAAUCAUAUUUUGUAGAAUCAAAGUAGCUUAAUAAAUGAUAAAAAUGGUAAAUGUAUUACAUUAUUAAUACAAGAAAUAUA